AUGCAGUCACCGCCGAAAACUCCUGUCUCGGCGUCUUUGCCACCGUCCGGAUCCGCCAGUCCAUCCGUAUGCACCCCUUCUAUGCCAUCUCCAAAUCUGAACUGGAGCACCCGGAGAGAAGGCAAACUGGCGUGUCCGACUCCUGGAUGUGACGGUUCUGGUCAUCAGACCGGACUCUACACGCAUCAUCGAAGUCUGUCUGGUUGUCCAAGACGUCCGGAUAAGUCAACGAUUCAGAUGCUGGCUCUUCAGCAAGACACUGUACUCCGAUGUACGACACCCGGAUGUACCGGCAAAGGUCAUGUGAACAGUAACCGCACAUCGCAUAGAAGUCUGUCCGGUUGUCCGAUCGCCUAUCAACAGAAGCUGAGCCGUAAGGGCGUUAAGCCACCUCCAUCUCGGAUACGAAGCCCGCAUGGUCAGGAUGAUUCUCCACUGGACCUGACGCUACGAAACUUGGAGCAACAACAGCUUCCUGCUUUGCCAUUGAUGCCACAGUGA